GAUUAUAGUGUGGUACUGGGUGACGGAGCAAUCAUUCCAUCUCCUCCUGAUCUUAAUAGUGCAAGUUAUGUCAGAUAUUUCAUUGCUUGGAACAGAGACUCAUUGAAUAGUUUUAUUGACUUUGACCUCACUACAGCAACGACUGGGAUUACUGCUAUAGACUUCAGUUUCUUGAACAGUCCUGCCAACAGAAUCAGUUUGCCAGAACCUAGACUAUCUGUUAUUGAAUAUACCCCAGGCCUUAGGGAUCGAAACGAAACAAGUAUAACAACCUGGAUAUUUGAUAAUCAAGAUCUGGCUCAGACAGACAACCAAAUCAGAACUAUUAGCAUUCGGCCAUUCCCACCACUUAGUGCUGCAAACCUCAGAAUUAGGUUCCAAUUCACAGUGCUUCAUGAUUUUGAUUGGUUUUUUCUGAGUGAAGUACGCUUUUGCACAGACCUUCAACAACCAGAAGUAACAUUUCAAACGCCAUCAUCAAACUAUAUACAGCCAAGUGCGGGUGAUCUGAGAAGAAGAUCAACAGAGUUAGUGUGCACUGUUUCCAGUGAAGGUUCGUACAGCAGUGGGAGAGAGAUAAUGUUAUGAUAGUAAAUAACGGCGACUACACAAUCACCAUUGGAGACGGAAGUAGAACAACUAAGCUGACAAUCAACAAUCUAGACUUUAUAAGUGAUGCUGCUGAAUAUAAAUGUACGGUAAUGACAAGACGAGAUGCGAAUGUCGUUAAUUCAGCAGUGUAUGUAUUGGAGUUUCCAGAGCAUGUCAUUACUACACCUGAUGUCAGUGGAUAUCUACAGACUGGAGAGGUUACCCUGACCUGUGAGCUCCAUGGUUACCAGUCAUCACUCUCUCCUCCUGUGUGGCUAAACACAAAUGGUAGUGAAACAAAUGACUCUACCAAAUACACGGUGUCCGUGUGUGAAGGAAACAACACCAUAAUUCUACAGAAUGGCACUGUCGUCCCUAGUAUCAUUUUCAACAUCACAAUUCACAACCUUUCGUCAGCCGAUGGAGGUACCUACACGUGUCGUGGUGUCAGAGGAGAGAGUGUCACUCAACUCACAAUAUUAGAAGGGACUGAUCCAAACAUGUUAUCACAAACAUACAUCUCUACGUCUAUAGAGGGUAUCACCCCCACUCCACCCCCUGGCAACGAAACUACCACUCGUGUCCCUGUAAUGGAUGAAACUAUUGUCAUCAUAGCAGCUGCAGUAGGGAGUGUUAUUAUAGUACUCACAAUACUUAUCCUCAUAAUCUUCAUCGUUUACCUACUGAGGAAGAUCAACAAGAUAAAAAUACGUUCGACUGAAGCUGUACAAGUACCUAAUUCUCUCUCCAUGCAAGAAAGGAAAGACUCCUCAAUUUCUGUGCAGGAUGUGACAUAUGAAGAGAUCGCCGAAAAAAAUGACAUGUUAUUGACAAAGAACGAAGCCUACGUGUGUGUCGACUCCUCUAGAAAAUAGAAAUUAACAUUUCACUGAGCAGACCUUUAACACUAUCCUGUGUUGUUUGCAUACCAUUUACCUGAUACUUUAAUUUUCUCUAUCUGUAAAAACAUUUUGUGUG